GUGGGAGGGCAAGCUGGGCUCCCCUGCGCCGGGAAGCGGCUGCCCCUCCCUCUGGAUCACACAGGGUUUUUGCAGUAGGUGACAGCAGGAUCGGGCACCAGGGAAGCAAUUGAUUCGUCUACUGCCCGAAUCCCAGAGUUGCCUACGCUGCCCAGAGAGGGAGAGAGGAAAGAGAAGAGAGGAAAAAGACUUACAAAACCUUCCAUCCAUGUGGAGUAGUCUGAGUGAAUCAGCUGUACUUAGUUUUCGCCUCUGACGGGGGCAUAUCUGCUGGUCUUUCAAGCCAAGUCGCUGGGACUUAACAUCUCCCCCCGGCAGGGAGUUGGCAAGAAUUUGGCUCACGCAUUCUGCUGCAAUCCUCCGCUGUCCUGGAAUACCCAGCGUGCUCCCUGACUCCAAGCCUUUUCCAGACAGUCCUUCAGCAGCCUGUGAGGUGUUCCAGCCUUCCGCCAUGACUGACACUGUGGUGAACCGAUGGAUGUACCCUGGUGAUGGCCCACUGCAGUCAAAUGACAAGGAACAGCUGCAGGCAGGAUGGUCUGUCCAUCCUGGAGCACAGACCGACAGGCAGAGGAAGCAGGAGGAACUGACAGAUGAGGAGAAGGAGAUUAUCAACCGGGUGAUUGCUCGGGCAGAGAAGAUGGAGGCCAUGGAACAGGAGCGCAUAGGGCGCCUGGUGGACCGUCUGGAGACCAUGAGGAAGAAUGUGGCAGGAGAUGGUGUGAACCGCUGCAUUCUGUGCGGGGAGCAGCUGGGCAUGCUGGGCUCUGCCUGCGUCGUGUGUGAAGACUGUAAGAAGAAUGUCUGCACCAAGUGUGGGGUGGAGACCUCCAACAACCGGCCGCAUCCGGUAUGGCUCUGCAAGAUUUGCAUUGAGCAGAGAGAGGUCUGGAAGCGCUCAGGAGCAUGGUUCUUCAAGGGUUUCCCCAAACAGGUCCUUCCACAGCCCAUGCCUAUAAAGAAGACAAAGCCCCAGCAGCCUGCUGCUGAGCCGGCCACCCAGGAGCAGCCUACACCUGAGUCCAGGCAACCAGCCAGGGCUCCAGCUCGAGGUGACAUGGAGGACAGGAGGGCCCCAGGACAGAAGCCAGGCCCUGACCUCACCUCUGCUCCUGGGCGAGGAAACCAUGGGCCUCCCACACGCAGGGCCUCUGAGGCACGGAUGAGUACAGCUGCCCGGGAUUCUGAGGGCUGGGACCAUGGUCAUGGUGGGGGUGCUGGAGACACCAGCCGGAGCCCAGCAGGUUUGAGGCGAGCUAACUCAGUCCAGGCCUCCCGCCCCACCCCAACCCCAAUGCCAAGCCCGGCACCUCCUCAGCCGGUGCAGCCAGGGCCUCCUGGGGGCAGCAGGGCCACUCCUGGGCCAGGACGAUUUCCAGAGCAGAGCACAGAGGCUCCUUUGAGUGACCCUGGCUAUCCAGGGGCUGUCGCCCCAGCCCGGGAGGAGAGGACAGGACCCGCUGGGGGCUUCCAGGCAGCGCCCCACACUGCAGGCCCCUAUUCCCAGGCGGCCCCUGCCCGCCAGCCACCGCCUGCGGAGGAGGAAGAGGAAGAAGCCAAUAGCUAUGACUCUGAUGAAGCAACCACACUGGGUGCCCUGGAAUUCAGCCUUCUUUAUGACCAAGACAACAGCAACCUUCAGUGCACCAUCAUCAGGGCGAAGGGACUGAAGCCCAUGGACUCCAAUGGCUUGGCAGAUCCAUAUGUGAAGCUCCAUCUGCUGCCCGGAGCCAGCAAGUCCAACAAGCUUCGUACGAAGACCCUGCGCAACACUCGGAAUCCUGUGUGGAAUGAGACGCUGCAGUAUCAUGGCAUUACAGAGGAGGACAUGCAGAGAAAGACACUCAGGAUCUCCGUGUGUGAUGAGGACAAGUUUGGCCACAAUGAGUUCAUUGGUGAGACCAGGUUCUCGCUCAAGAAGCUGAAGGCUAACCAGAGGAAAAACUUCAACAUCUGCCUGGAGCGGGUGAUCCCGAUGAAGCGUGCAGGGACCACUGGGUCAGCCCGUGGCAUGGCUCUCUAUGAGGAGGAGCAGGUGGAGCGGAUCGGUGACAUAGAGGAACGGGGCAAGAUCCUGGUGUCCCUCAUGUACAGCACGCAGCAGGGUGGCCUCAUCGUGGGGAUCAUCCGCUGUGUGCACCUGGCCGCCAUGGACGCCAAUGGCUACUCAGACCCCUUCGUCAAGCUAUGGCUGAAACCGGACAUGGGGAAGAAAGCCAAGCACAAGACUCAGAUUAAAAAGAAGACCCUGAAUCCCGAGUUUAAUGAGGAGUUCUUUUAUGAUAUCAAACACAGCGACCUGGCCAAAAAGUCCCUGGAUAUCUCAGUGUGGGACUACGACAUUGGCAAGUCUAAUGAUUACAUCGGAGGCUGCCAGCUGGGGAUCUCGGCCAAAGGUGAGCGCUUGAAACAUUGGUAUGAGUGUCUGAAGAACAAAGACAAGAAGAUUGAACGCUGGCACCAACUGCAGAACGAGAACCAUGUGUCGAGUGAUUAGAACCUGGCGCCCUCGUGUCCCUGUCUCUGCCCCAGCUGCUCUCCCCUUGCAGCAUCUCCCCUGCCAACCUUGAACCUUUGAUGUCUCCCCCCACUUCAGGUCCUGCUACAAAAGAACUCUCUGGGCUUCAGGGUCUAGAUGGGAGCCCUCUCUGGUCCCCAGAGAUUGGGUAGUAGGUGUGGGGAGACAUUUACGAAGAGAUUUUACUCUGACCUUGAGCAUCUUCCUGUCCUCUGGGGCAUUGGUGAACCCACAGGUUGUAAGGACCAGGAGGAGGGCAGAAAUUAUACACUGAGGCUGCCCCUGUCCUUCCAAAACACUCCAGAAAAGAAAAAAAAGACCCAUCCUCAACUCUAGACACAUGAGGAACUAGACACAGAGAAUACAGAGAGGCUGCACCCCCUCUUUCAGGAAGCUGCCCGGCAGCUUGGUAAAACUAACCUCUCUCUCUGCACCUCCCUCCUCCUUGCUCAUCUGUCAAUACCUCCUCACCCACCCUCCUGCCCUCCCCUCUACUCCUUGCCCCUCUUUUACUCCCACCUCCACAGUGGGGGAUGCAAGGCAGAGCCUCAGCCUGUGCCCCUUGCCAGCCUGGCCAGCAACCUCACAAGCUGGAUGAAGCUGGGCCCCACACCUCUGGCAUCACCAAAUCUUCUGUUGGCAUGGCUGGCUAUCUUUGAGCCUGGGGCCCACAGCCGGCACAGCCUGGGUGCAUGGCAGCACUAUAGACAUCCUGAGGUCCAGGAUCUCUCUUUUUCAUCACUGGUCCCCAAAUGGGCACAGGUGGCACAGAACUCUGUGUAUGAGGGGACUUGCUUUAGGACCCCAUGCUUCUAUCCUUCCUCUACUCUUUGCAAAGAAUAAAGGACCCUCUCCCCAAACUCCCACUCAGAGCCACCUCUGUUCUGUCUCUCUAUCUCCCACUUUCUUCCCUAUGAUCAAAUUACAGUACUUAGAUCUUUAAUCAGGCCAGAACUCUCUUGGUCCAUGACAAAUCAAGAGAAAUGUACAUCUAAGGCUGGAGUCGGGCCGUCUUCCUCGCAUUGAGAGGCAAGUCUGGUUUUUCCCAUCUUGAUAGUCUUUCUCCAUCAACAUCCCAAAUCCCAGACAGAUCAGACAGAUCAAGACUAAAACCUCCCAUUUCCAACUCUCACAGUCUCGCUUGUUCUUUCCAAUGUGCCCCCCACCCCCACCCUCUCAGCAACUCAUGCUGUUCCUGAGGGACUCUUGUGUUUCCCGGAAAUGACUCUCUUCUAGAAUCAGGCUCUGCCUGCCCCAAGGUGGCCGACCUUCCCACUUUCAUCUUCCCCCUUGCCCAAGGCUCCCCUGUUUAGUCUCUAUAGCCCAAUGCUCCGCCCACUUCCCUGUCAUGGUCACCUUUAGGAGAAAGCAUGCUGGCUGAGUCGCCUAAGCCUGAUGCUGGUUUUGGCUCUGCAGCCUGCUCGCAGCACCCUGAUGCCCUCCCCACGACACACACCCACCCCUCCACAUAGAACACAAGUCCCUGGCUGCAUGCACGAUGCCCACUGCCUUUCUUUGCACUGAUGUAGCCAAAAAUAAAGUAGGACUAUCCGAGAAAAUGA